AUGUGCAAAGGCAUCUUCAUCCUCUACUACUGCCGCCACGGCGCCGACAAAAACCCGCUCUGCCCAACCUACAACCCCACCACCGGCGACACCACGCCCUUCGACCAAGAAUGGUCGGCCGACCGGACGUUGUACUGCUACGAGGCCUUCCCCAAGCACAGCUUCCGCGGCAAGAUGCCCGAGAUUACGGGGCCGUGCGCCGAGACGAAGAAGAACACGAACAUGUUUAGUGUGGAGACGGAUUAUAAUGGGGAGUGUGGGGGGUGUUUGGAGAGAAUGUUUUUGGCGCAGAUGGAGAGGGAGAUGGUGAGGGAGUUUGAGGAGAAGAUGGCGGUAGGGAGGAUUUUUGGGGGGGAGGAGGGGGAUGCUAAGGAGGAGGAUGCUAAGGAGGAGGAUGCUGAAGAGGGAGAUGCUGAGGAGGAUAAGGAGGAGGAAGAUACUCAGGAAGGUGAGAAGAAGGGUGAUAAAGAUGAGGAUGGAGACGCGGAGAUGGAGAUGUAA